GACUUGUUCCCUCCACAAACUACACGUGCGUUGAUUGUGCGCAGCUCCCUCCCCCCACCUCUCUCACCACACACCGCAGACAUCAUCCCCUCUCAUGCGUUUCUUUGUCAGUGUGUAUUCAACAUUCGUUUGUGUCUAUCGUCGCUUUAAAAAUACUGCGUUAAAACUAGUUAAUAAUAAAAAUAAUGUUUAAAUUUUAUAAUGAUAAACAGGCAAUGGAAACAUUUAUUAGAUCCGUUAAAAGUAAUCCAUGUUUGUGGGAUUUGACCAAUAAAAAGUAUAGAGAUUUGGGCAUUAAGAAUAAAACAUGGGCAUUGGUGGCCCAUGAAUGUAAUAUGUCUAACAAACAACAAGCAAAAGCAUAUUGGCAUAGAUUACGCUAUGGUCUCCGUAACGCGUUACGACGAAGAAAAAGGGGAUAUUUGGUUAACGCUUGUUGGAUGUAUGAAAAACAAAUGGAAUUCAUCUUACCAUAUUUAGGGAUAAAACACUAUUUGUCAAGUAUUGCAGUAGGCUCUGAUGUGAGCGAUUCUCCUCUCCUUUUACCUCGUGAUGCUUUGACAAAUUUAUUUUCAAGUUUGUACCAGAAGACUCGAGAUCUUCCUAAACAUUUACAAUUGAGGGUACAGAGAGAGAUCUCCGAGUCAGUUACUCGCGCAGAGGAAGAAGUCUUGUUGCGUGAUCAGUCACGGAUCUCGGGAAUUAAGGUCUGUACCACCAGACUUUCUACACUAUCGCAUGAUGAUCCCUUGUCCACUUCAUCUACGAGUCAUCAGUCAAUAAAUGAAAUGGUUAUCGAGGACGAAGGUGUGCAGUUUCCACCAGGUUAUGAACAAGAACGGAAUAACUCAAUCAUGCCGGGCCGCCGUCCUCGUUGACGAAUCUACGGGCGCGCCGCGUCGCUGCUGACUGUAUAACGAAUAUUGGAUUAGAAGGGUUAAACAUUUGUGAAUGAUGGAAUGCUAAGUGAAAUAUAUUGUGGAUAACACGGUCUCGGAAAUGUGUUCGGUCGUGGUACGCGUUAGUUCGUGACAUUGACGUUAUGCUUACGACGUCGUUCUUUGAAUGAAAACUUUAUGUAUUUUCAACCGGCUUUAAAGAGAAGGAGGUGCUCAAUUCGUUUGUAUUU